GCACCUGUUACUGGGGUGUGCGUUUAUGUCAAUACAAUCCGCACAUGUUCAUACCAAUACGACUUUCACGCUCAGGCAUACGGUUCAACACAAUAACUAUACACCUACUCAUCAACACGACAUUCACACACAUAUCAUACACAUCAACACAAAAGCCUCACUCAUGUAUGUUGGCUAUAAAACACGACCACUGAUUCCCGACAUGUGCACACUAAACACCAGUGAGUGCGUGUCAAGUCCCAAAUGACAUUAUCAGAAUGAUAUCCUAAUUGACAGCAAGAUAUAACACUGCCUAAACAUUACGUUAUUAGGAAUGACAACUAUCUUGACAAGACAUGGCAGAAUUAAACAGUGGCAUUCAACCUGAGAUGUCAUGAAAGUAUAAGGAAAUGACACUUGCCAGAGGAAGAUAUGCAGGUUGACAGUGUGACAUGGGAGCGUACAGUACACGAGAGAUGAGUGGCGGCAGUAAGAGCGCCAGCUUCCAUCGCGUCAAAACAUUCGAGUUGCCGAGACUGGAGCUGGACCGCCAGUUCUCGGACGUGCGGCUACUGGCGGAGGGAUGGUACGCCAAGGUGUACGCCGCCAAGCACCACGAGUCCGACAGCCAGGUGGUGCUCAAGUGUGUACAGAAGGAGACCACCAAGAAGAAGGACUUCUUCAGAGAGUUCCACUACAACUAUUACCUCAGUCCGCACCCUAAUAUUGUCAACAGCUUCGAUGUAGCCUACGACGCCAACAACUCCUUCGUGUUCGCCCAAGAACUGGCGCCCAACGGUGAUCUGGCGCAGUUUGUCAGGAAGGGUGGACUCGGGGAGAUGCGAGCCAAGAGAGUGGCGGAACAAAUCGCCUUCGCCCUAGAGUUUGUACACAGUAAGGACCUGGUUCAUCGUGACGUCAGACUGGAGAACAUAUUCGUCUUCGACCGGGAGCUCUCGCGAGUGAAGCUGGGUGACUUCGGCAAUACCCAGCGUGCAGGAGCUCUAGUAAAGAAGGUGAACGUGCGAGUGCCGUGGGCCCCUCCCGAGGUGUGCCAGGCGGUGUAUAAUGAGGGUUAUCACGUGGAGACCUCUCUAGACGCCUGGCAACUGGGCAUCCUCAUCUUUGUGUGCCUGACGGGAUCAUAUCCUUGGUACUCCGCCGACAUCACAGACCGCCAUUACAACUCGUGGGUGGCCUGGCUCAAACGUAAGACCACUAAGAUACCUCGUCGCUUCAAGUGCUUCACCCCUCGUCUUCUUCGCCUUCUGCGACGCCUUCUGGAGCCCAAGCCUGAGAAGCGAGCAGGUGUGAGGGAAGCGUACAAAUACCUCUCAGACACCUGGCUCGUAAAGGGGAUGGACCCCGUGGAUAUCGCCUUCGACGAGAGUUCAUCGGAAAUUUUCGUCACUAGCACCAAGCCUUUGUAUGAAUGUGCGGAGAAGAAGAAACUGGUGGACCUUCUGAGAUCGUACGGCAUCCAGACGACCGUUGACAAGAAGGAGACGACAAAACGCAUCUGUGAGUGGCUUCUGACUUCUGCGUCGCCCACCCAGCGGGGAAUGUAACCCAGGACGACCUUCACACCUACUGCUCAACGUAACUGUGGCUGCUGAACCACACCUGUGACCCAAGCUGCUCGCUUACACCUGUAAGUUCCUUGGUGUUCACCUGCACAUAUGUGACUGAGUUUUGACUCAUGUGUAUGACCCAGGCUACUCAUCUACACUGUGUGACCCAGUAUAGUAAUUUACACCUGUGUGACCCAGGCUACUCACCUGCACCUGUGUGAUCCUGGGUGAUAACGACGCGUGUAGGUGACGUUACCGUGCCAAAGACGGCGUGUGUUGCUUCCGUGAGCACCACCGCACCCCCCUGACUGUGAUAAACCUUACCUGGGGAACAGUGAUGACACUCGCCUUCUACACCAUUUGUUGUGUCUCAACCAAACGUUGGCGAGGACAACCAAUCGUUCAAGAGGACGACCAAACGUUAAAAAGGACGACCAAGCGUUAAAGAGGACGCCCUUGUACUACACGAUCAGCUGGAGUCCUGACCAAACGUUUGUGAGGCCUGACCAAAACAAACUUCACAACCUAAUGUCAAACUCCCACAUAUCAAACGCGUUUGUUAGAUUUUUGAUAUGGAAAUCGAGCCCACAAUCAAUAUAUAUCGAUAUAUACCAGGUAAUUCAUCUUAUCCUUUGUAUCAAAGGAAGUAUUAGAGAUUUUUUAAAAGAUGGGGUAUUUUGCUAGGGAUAUAAUUAAGUUUUUGUGUACUUUAUGUACAUUAUUUUUCUCAAGCUUGUUAAUGGCUGCUAGACUUAGUCUUCCAAGGUAGAGGAGCUUUGGUAGUGACCCGCACAUGCUGAGGAGGUGACGCAUUCCUCAGCUCUCACUGUGAGGAUGUCACGGGGAGAGGAGACCGUGUUUGUCUAAGCCCGUGCCCACAGCUACGGACAGACCACGGCUGAAAUGUUCGUUAAGUUUACAACCAUAACAACAACCACGGACACAUCCCCACACACACCCUACAGCCCACGCUUAUCUGUUGCUGUGGGGUGUGUAAACUGUGGCUGGAACCUCUGACUUACCCGAGACGACUCCUUGUAAGAGCUGAACCAACCAUGACCCUGAGUAGUAGCCGGGUGGUGUAAGCCUGUACCUGGUCCUACCAUCUAGCUGAACCUUACCUGGCCUUACCAACCAGCUGAACCUUACCUGGCCUUACCAACCAGCUGAACCUUACCUGGCCUUACCAACCAGCUGAACCUUACCUGGCCUUACCAACCAGCUGAACCUUACCUGACCUUACCAACCAGCUGAACCUUACCUGGCCUUACCAACCAGCUGAGCAUAUCUCACACAAUAGCUAGUCCAAUCUCUCUCUCUCUCUCUCUCUCUCUCUCUCUCUCUCUCUCUCUCUCUCUCAGGUCAGGUACAGGUAAAAAGAAAUACAGAUUGCCAGACAAGAGCGCUUCAAGUGGGCGCGUUGAAGGUUGUGUGAGACAGUGACCUGUUCCAGUGUAUUGAACUAUUUUAUAUAUUCUUAUUUAUUAAUGAAUGAAGACUGAAAUCAAAAAAUAAAAUGAUAACUCGUU